AUGCCAAGUGACAUUGGAGUAUCUGGUCGCGCACUAGACACGCUGGGAUUUGUGUCACAGUCGCCGAAAACUGCAGAUGAAUCCUCCGGACCAACUUUACGCGCGGACGAGUUGAGGCGGUGGAGGCGCGGGAUCGAGGAGAGCCACCGGGAGCGGUGCGCAGAGCUGGCGGCGCCUUGGCUGGAAAACACGCAGCAAGCUCCUGAGGAUAAUGCAACCGUGUUGCAACUCCGUGCUCGGCCUUUUUCCCCGGGAGCCUCCCAGGGCCCGGUGUUCCCUGGAAAAUCUCUCUUCAGCUUUGUGCGACGGGUUUACCACUGCUGUCAGGAAGGACUAAACUGCAGAAGCGUCAAAGGGAUUCAAGGUCGCUUGAGGGGAGAUACAGAUGUGGAGUUUCUCUUCACCAGGGACAUUUUAUCAUUGACAGUUACGAGAGCUGAGCUCCACCUUCAGCUUUCCAACCCACAGCACCUGGACAUCCAUCCUGUGCUUCCAUCCAUGGCAAAGCGCAGCCUUCCUACAAGGUACAGUUUAUCUUCAUGGGGCAACAUGGUGGAGCUGAGAGUGGAUCUGCUGUUCCUUUUCCAGAGCCUGCAGGAGACGGCAGGUGGUGCAGGAGGGGGUCCCAGCUUGGUGAACAUGCGGCGGAUGGUGUUUUCUUCUAGGGGGGAUCCGCCAGCUCCUCAUGCUCUGCAGGAUACUGAUGGUGAUGUGUGGGGGGAUGGGGUUGCCAGCACCUUGCCUGCGCUGGAGCUGGGCUUGGUCCUGGGCUGCAGUCAGGGUGGAGUAGGGGUGUCCUGUGGAGGUGGUGGUGUCCACCUCUCUCACACACCUUUCAUGGCUCUGUACUACAGAUGAAGUCAGACUGAGACUGGACUGUGUUCUGCAUGGAAAGAGACAAACAAGGAAAUGAUGCACUUCAAUAUCAAAUCUAUUAAUUUAUAAAUGUUGUUUUUCACAAAAUAUAUAUAUAUAUAUAAUUGUAAAUAGUGAAUAUGAUAUACUGUAAGUUUAUGGAGUCAUUCUUUGGUUAUUAAAACUCAA